CUCCGCCCAGCACUGCUCUCAAGGACACGAGCAUCUGGCCUCAUGCCACGCCCCGCGGACCCGUACCCAAUUAAUGCGGAGCCGCAGAAGCGCGUCGCCGUCAUCGGCUCCGGCAUCGCCGGCCUCACCGCGGCGCACCUUCUCUCGCGGCGCUACCACGUGACGCUCAUCGAGCGCGAGGAGGUGCUAGGCAUGGAUGCGCACUCAAAGACGUCGCACAACGCGCGGAUGGACAUUCCGCUGCGUGUCUUCUCCGAGAGCUACUACCCAAACCUCUGCCGCCUUUACCGCUCGAUCGGCGUCGCGUUCGGCACGGCAGACUACUCGUUCAGCCUCGUCGACGACUGCCGCGGCGGAGGCGCCUACUUUCGGUAUGUCAACCUGCUCGUCCGCGGCCUCGCGCUGCCGCUCCCUUCGCCCACGCUGCUCCUCGCGCCGCAGCGCCUCCCGCGCUACCUCCGGCUCGCGUACCAGUUUGGCCGCUUCCUCCGCAGCUCUCCGGCGCAGGUCGCCCUCCCAGGCAUGGGCGACCUCUGCCUCGAGGACUUCCUAGCGGCAAACGGCUACGCGCAGGCCUUUGGGCCGGACCUGCUCUACCCGAUGCUCUCCGUCGUCUGCACCUGCAGCUAUGCGUCUGUCCGCACCUACCCGGCGGCACUCAUCGUCGACUACUUUGCAGGCAAGUACGGCCUCUCGGGCGCGCAGUGCCGCGCGCACGAGGGCACCCGCGAGGCGGUGGCGAAGCUGGCGCAGCCGGUGGCGCGCCGCGUGACGGGCGCCACCGUGCGGGAGGUGCGCCCCUCGCAAGCGGGCGGAAGGCCACACGUCGAGUGGAGCAGCGGCGGAGGCGCCGACGGAGCGACGUCGCACCGCGAGGCGUUUGACGAGGUGGUCGUCGCCACGCAAGUGAGCGCCGCGCGCCGGCUGCUGCGGCCGGCGGCCGAGGCGAGCGAGGGUGCGGACCGCGAAGUGUACGACGCGUUGGGGUCGUUCCGCUGCGAGAGGUUCCGCGUGCUGCUGCACACGGACGCGUCGCUCAUGCCCGCCCGCCGGCGCGACUGGUCGCCCCUCAAUCUCGUCGUCUCUCCGACGGGGAGCGCCGCUUCGGUGACCGUCUGGAUGAACGCGAUCGACGAGAAGCUGCGGCAGUCCCUCUCUGCGCCCGUGUUUCAGACGUGGAACCCCGUGACGGAGCCGCGGCCGGAGGCGGUCGAGGCGGACGUGGCGUUCGAGAGGCCAAUCGUCGACCCAGCUGCGGUGCGAGCGAUGGGGAAGCUCGCGCGCUGCCAGGGUCGCGGCUCGCUGUGGCUGGUCGGCUCGUACGUGCGUUGCUCGAUGCCGCUCCUCGAGAACGGCGUCACUUCCGCCAUCGAGGUGGCCAAGCGGCUCGGCGUCGACGUGAGCGACAUCGAAUAUGUCGAGUCGCGGCAGGCCAAGCCACAGCCGGCGGGCGGGCGGCUGGUUUGGUGGGCCGUCGCCGCCGCGCUGGCGGUCGCCGCUGUACUCGCCGCCGCGUCUCGCUGAAACGGUGCCAGGCUGCGGCUCGCCUCGCAGCGCGGCCGCAUCUUUCCGCCAGUGCCACGCUGUCAUCUCCGCAUCAGCAGGCCGGUUGGCAUGCCAGUUUCUUCUCCCUCCUCUCGAGCCCCUCGCAACGGGCUCGAACUGAGGGGCGCCGCACACACGUUGCCGCUAUAAUCGGCGAGACGCUGAGGCGGGGGAUGUCCAUGCCGGAUGUCACUCUGUGUAUCUCGCCGUCGCGAGGAAUUGUGCACAAGGACGCUCGCUCUCGCGGUGCCGCACACAGACGAGUAAUCGCAGUAAACGGCUUUAUCCUUUAACUGAUAUAACGGCGCG